CUCCUCCCUAAACACUGCUUUGCGUUCGCACAGCUCCGCCGCCUCCUUCUCCAACCACUUCUACUGCCUGGCCCAGACCAUGCGCUUUGCCGUGGAGGAGAUCAACAACUCCAGCACCCUGCUGCCCAACGUCACCUUGGGCUAUGACAUCCACGAUACCUGCUCCGAGCCCGCCAACCUCCACGCCACGCUGCGAGCCCUGGUGCGGAAAGGAGGGCAGGAGGUUGAGGUGCUCUCCUCCUUCCUCUGCUAUGAGCCUGAUGCCGUGGCUGUCAUCGGGCCGCACAGCUCCCAGCUUGCCCUUACCACUGCGCCCGUGCUCGGCCUCUUCCUUGUGCCAUUGAUCAGCUACGAAGCCUCCUUGGAGACGCUCAGCCUGAAGCGGUUCUACCCCUCGUUCCUGCGCACCAUCCCCAGUGACGGGCAGCAAGUGAAGGCCAUCUUCCAGCUGCUGCAGCACUUUGGGUGGACAUGGGUUGUGCUGCUAGGCAGCGAUGAUACCUAUGGCAGGGCUAGCUCGGAAGCCCUCUACACCCUGCUGACUACCAGUGACAUCUGUGUUGCUUACCGAAGCACCAUCCCUGCCAACAAGGAUUCGAGCAGCCCAGAGCUCCACAGCCUGGUCAGGAUCCUCACGGAAGCCAGGGUCAAUGUCACCAUCGUCUUUUCCGACGCACAAAGUGCCCGCUCUUUCUUUGAGGUGGUGGUCAAGAGGAAUGUCACGGGCAUGGUGUGGGUGGGCUCUGAAGACUGGGUGUUAGACCAAGCCAUCUGGCAGGUGCCUGGCAUCCAGAGCAUCGGCUCCGUCAUUGCCAUGUCGGUUGAGAAGGCAGAGUCUGCGAUGCUGGAACGUUUUGAAUCGUGGAAGGCGGCAGAGGAAGGCGCUGCGGCUGAGUGUGCCGGCAGCACGGAGGCAGGCGAGGGGAGCGAAGGGAGCACCCAGCCCAACUGCACCCAGUGCUGCACCGGCUGCCACUGGUUCACUGCUGCCCACAGUGUGUACGACGCUCAGUCCUCCUUCCGCGUGUACUCGGCUGUGUACGCCGUGGCCCACGGCCUCCAUGACCUGCUGGGCUGCGCCUCGGGGAUGUGCAGCAAGGGCCCAGUGUAUCCCUGGCAGCUCCUACAAAAGAUCAAGCAAGUAAACUUCACUCUGUACAAGAGCCACAUCUCUUUUGAUGCCAGCGGGGACAUUUGUCAAGGCUAUGACAUCGUCAUGUGGAACUGGAGUGGCCCAAGCUGGGCCUUUGAUGUGAUAGGAAGAUUCCAUGUGAACCCCGACAGGCUGAGCAUUGACAAUGACAAACUCCUGUGGCACACAGAAGAUGGCCAGGCUCCCACCUCCAUGUGCACUGAGCCCUGUCAACCCGGGGAGAGGCGGCUGCAGACGAACCGCCACCGAUGCUGCUUCAACUGCGUGGCCUGUCCAUCAGGAACCUUCCUGAACAGAUCCGACCUCUACAGCUGCCAGCACUGCGGGGCGGAAGAGUGGGCACCCGAGAGGAGCGAGGUUUGCUUCAACCGCACCGUCGAGUUCCUGUCCUGGUCCGGGCCCAUGUCCUGGGCACUGCUGAUCCCCACUGCCCUCCUCAUGCUGCUCAUGGCAGGGCUGGCCGUCCUCUUCGCCCUGAACGCCUCCACCCCGGUGGUCAAGUCUGCGGGGGGCAAGAUGUGCUUCCUCAUGCUGGGCGCUCUGGCCUGCGCCUGCAGCAGCCUCUUGGGCUACUUCGGGGAGCCCACGCAGCACAUGUGCCUGCUGCAGCACCCCGUCUAUGUCAUCAGCCUCACCAUCUUCCUGUCGUGCGUGGCCACCCGCUCCUUCCAGAUCGUCUGCAUCUUCAAGCUGAACGCGCGCUGGCCGGCUCUGUACGAGGCGUGGCUGCGGCGCCGGGGCCCGGUGCUGUUCGUGGCCGCCAGCACGCUGUGCCAGGCCGCGCUGUGCGUGGCGCUGGAGGCCGCCGAGCCCUCGGUGCCGCACAGGAACUACGGCAUCAGCGCGCAGCGGGUGCUGCUGGAGUGCGUGCCGAGCUCGGCGGUGAGCCAGGCCACCACCGCCUGCACCGUGCUGCUCAGCGCCGUCUGCUUCGCGCUCAGCUACGCGGGCAAGGACCUGCCCGCCAGCUACAACGAGGCCAAGUGCCUCACCUGCAGCCUGCUGCUGCACCUCGCGGGCUCCGCCGUCUUCCUCUGCACGCAGGACGCCUUCUCCGGCCGGGAGCAGGCGGCGGUGCAGGCGCUCAGCACGCUCUGCACCGUGGCCGCGCUGCUCGCCGGCUUCUUCCUCCCGAAGGCGUUCGUCAUCCUCCUGCGCCCGCACCGCAACACGCCCGAGCACUUCCAGGAGGCGAUCCAGCGCUACACGCGCCGCCUGGCCGCCGCCUGA